UAUAGAAAAAAUGUUAGAUAUGUAAAUAUAUAGGAAGAGCCAAAGUAAACAGAUACUAGCUAGUAUAAAGUUAAACAACACCAAAAUCUAGAGAGAGAUAAAUUUCAAGUUUUCAACGCCCUCUCUGAUCAUCCGUACAUAUCCUACAUUCCAAUAUUCAACUCUCUCUCCGAUAUCUUUAUUGUAUAUAAGUAGGAUAUCUUUUCAACUCAUUUAUAACACAUCUUCAUAACCUCUCUAUCUCUCUCUAUCUCUCUCUCUCUCUCUUUCUUCAUAACACAUCUUCUUGCUUUGUGGGUUCUUCUUUGUGUAUAUAAAUAUAUGCCCAUACACAUAGGAAGAUAUGAUGGGUUACGAGCACAUGAAUCAGAUGACAAUGACGACAACGGGGAUGAUGAAGAAUUUCAAUAAGGUGGGACCAAUCAAUAUUCCACGUAAGAAAACGACGAGGAGAAGUGUAUCGGCCAUUGAUGGUGGUGCGGCGGCGACAGCUGCUGCGGCUGGAGAAGGAGAUCGCCCGCAGGAUCUCAAGACUCUUGAUCUCAGCGGGAUGUCCUUGGCUUCCCUCUCAGCAUCUUCUAUCAACUUAGCUUCAAUCUCAAAACUCGAUCUCUCCAACAACAAUAUUCAGCAAAUUCCGGAGUCUCUAGUAGCGAGAAUGUUAAAUUUGUGGACAUUGGAUUUGCACUCUAAUCAGCUCAAAACGCUCCCCAACUCCAUUGGAUGUCUUUCCAAGCUUAAGGUUCUUAAUGUCUCUGGAAACAACCUAAAAGCUCUCCCCAAAACUAUCGAAGAUUGCAGAUCGUUGGAAGAGCUGAACGCCAACUUCAACGAGCUGACGACGCUUCCAGACACGAUAGGGUUCGAGCUAACGAAUCUGACAAAGCUCUCCGUAAACUCGAACAAGCUUAUCGUGUUACCAAGCUCCCUUGGCCACUUAACGUCGCUUCGUGUGCUCGACGCUCGGCUUAACCACCUUGGAUCGCUCCCUGAGGAUCUAGAGAACCUCGUGAACCUUCAGGUCCUUAACGUUAGCCAGAACUUCCAGCACUUGAAGACGUUGCCUUACUCCGUUGGGUUAUUGAUAUCUCUCGUGGAGCUUGACGUUAGUUAUAACGGAAUUAAGGUUUUACCGGAUUCCAUCGGCUGUCUCCGCAAGAUUCAGAAGCUAUCCGUGGAGGGUAACCCUCUCGUCUCCCCACCUUUUGAAGUGGUGGAAAAUGGUUUGGAAGCAGUGAAGCAGUACAUGAGCGAGAAGAUGACCGAAUCUAACAAGAAAACUCCGACAAAGAAGAAGUUUUGGGGCAUUGGUAAGAUGGUCAAGUUCAAGACCUUUCACGGCCUGAGCUCAUCUCCGGGAAGGUCUCCAGGAAGGAGAACCGGCGGUGACAGCCAUGGAGACGAGAGGGAAGGUUUCAUCAACGUCUCCGAUUACCGCCAAAUCGACGGAAUCGCUUCCCCAAGACACGUGUCCCUCUUCAACCCUCGACGCCUCUUGUCUCCACUCUCCGCGUAUUUCUCUCCUCCAAGGUAUAGGUAGUGUUACUUCUGUGUGUUUUAUAUUCACCAAACCGUCUUCACACUUUCUGUUUUUUUUUUUUUUUGCAUGCAACGUUGUUUCCUUUGUAUCUAUUUUUGCUUGUAGCGUUCCUUUAUAUGUAUCAUAGACUUUUGGGUGGCUUUUGUGGCUGUUUUUUUGUUUCAGUUUUGUUGAAACACAUUUGUAAAUUAUGACAUAGACUUUGUAGAUUGAUUCAUGUCUGUAUGUAAUAAUAAUGUAAGAUCGCAUUUUGAAAAUAUCCUCAGUCGUGCUAUGCAGUAUCUUCCCCAGUUAGGCCUGAGUCCGUCUGUGAAGAAAAAUAUGGGCUUAGAUGAGACAUUUGUUUGAGCAAAUUCUUUUACCACCAAAAGUUAUAUUUUCUAUCGACUAGAAGAGAUGUUCUGAUAUACAUUUAGGAGAUGCUAUAUGGCUUCUGAGACAAUUAUUUUCGAUAGAAAGUAAAAUAUGUUUCCAUUUUCAUACGCAAUAAUGGCAAUAUAUUGAAACUGGAUAAACUAUAAUAUUAAAUGUCUAGGUUUUAAUGUAUAUUGUAACCAUAUUACAAAUUAGCCCGGGAACAAAAAUACAAAGGGCUUUUAGGACGAUACAAAUAGCUUAAAACACAUUAAGCUACAUUCAUCUCAUAUGAUUUUAUAACGUGUUAGUUAAAAAUAAUUUAAGCACAAAUUAUAAGUAUUUUCUUUGACAGACCCAUAUUCAUUGAUAAAAAUUAA